CCUUUAUUUUAUCCACAUUGAUAGGAAAGCGCAUUGUUCGCGUCCAAGACCGAUGUUCAUCAUAAUCAUUCUCAUCUAUCGUUCAGAAUGUGAAUGGGAUCGCCAGUCGACCCUCAACCCAUCGGUUCCAGCUGUCGGAGGAUGAACUGCAAAUUUUGAGAAAAAUAUCAGCAAGAGAUCGCGGGCUUGUCUGACUCGUGGGUUCCCCGCUGGUGUUGAUGAUACCGUCGCUUUCUGAUCACCUUGUGGAGAGCCCUUCUCCGAAGCUCACGAUAUUCCAUUGUAACCACUGCAUUUCGACUGGGUCGAGCGGUGGUGGCAGACCCGGGCACUUUAGUAUGAGUGCACUGCCUACCAGAACUCUGUGGAGUUCUUGGAGCACCCUCUGAAAUAUGCCGGCUCUCCCAGCGAUUGACAAGCCAUUGGUUGCCCGGCGCUUGAUUAGUGGUGAAGAGGGUUUGUUUUGGUCCACAAGUAGCCAGGACGGAGGACUAGGAAGACCUGGCGUAGAACCUACCCUUGGUGAGCUCCGAGAGCUGGAGAGCGAGGGUUUUACUUCCCUUUGGCAAUCAAAUUUUCAUUCCAAUGGGUUCUCUUGGCAGCUCCGGCUGAAUCGGGGGGAGAGCUCACCAACGUCCUCCAGGGUGAGUCGGCAUUAUCCAACAGCCCGAGCGUGGAAGAAAAAAUGGUCAGUCUCUUCCAAGAUUUCAAAGAGAGUAGGACUGAGCGGAAAGCUAUCCCAACGCCAAGACACGACAACAACAAAUCCAUCCCCAUCAUCAUGAACACAUCAAUGUGCAUGCUUUGGGCAAUGGCAACAUCCCUGAUGAUGUUGGUCCACCCGGCUUCAACUUCAAAAGUGCAUUAUCUUCAUUGGAAUCAUGCCAGUCCCAUGUUCAGGAUCGACAACACGGAACACAUUGUGGAUGUAGAAGAGUUUGAUCAAGUCAACAUCAUUUGCCCUGUGUCCAAACCCGGGAUCGACCCAUUGCCCGAACAGCACGUGAUCUACUCGGUGAGUCGGGAUGAGUUUGACAAAUGUCGCAUAACCAACCCGAAGCCCAAGAUCGUGGCCAUUUGCAACCAGCCCUAUCGUCUCAUGUACUUCACCAUCACAUUCCGCUCGUUCACGCCCACACCCGGAGGCUUGGAGUUUCAUCCUGGCCAAGAUUACUAUUUCAUCUCCACUUCCAACGGGCAUGAUCUUCACCGAAGAGUGGGUGGGGGGUGCGCCACUCAUAACAUGAGAAUGAUGUUCAAGAUGAAACCCUCUCCCGAACCCGAGGUGGUGUUAGCCCCUGCUGAAGACGACUCGAAUGUUGAGGAGACAACAGAAGUGUCUCCAGAAUUCCAAAGUCAUCUGAACUCAAUCACAGAUGGCACGACGGAAAAAGUACCUCGUUACUAUUUCAAAACGGUGAGGAUGCCCGAUGCCGAGCCUAGAGAUGUGUUCUACUAUCACCCGAAGGAUGUCACCAAGCAAAUGAUGAGAAAGAAAUCCUCGACAAUGGCCAAUAGAGAGAAAAUGCCACCUCAUCCCGCCGCAAAUGAAGUCUUGAAAAGGAAAUCUUUUGAUUUUAAGUCGUCUGACAAUUCUGAGGAUUCCAGUUUCCAACGGCAUCGACUCCUGGGAUCUUGGUCUCCUUUCAUUAGUGUCACCACAACUUCUGGAGUCGCAGGGUUGCACGAAACGUCCACGUCGAUCUUGGCGGCCAUGACUCUGUUACCAACCUUAGCACUACUGCGACUGUUCUAGACAUCAUACCGUCCUCAAACCAACGAAGAUACUCACAUACUUGCAGUCCGUUACAAGGCUCCCUUGGGCCCCUUAACUCUUUGUGAUUCAUUCAGCACAGAUACCAAUGUUCAUUGAAUAUUCAUUCAUCAAAUUGUCGCCAACCUUGACUGUUAUGAAGAUCAAUAAAUGAUUACCUAUCUACGUACGUUAUGGAGUGAUUAAAACCGAUUCAUUUUCAUUCGCUCACUGA